GCAAUUGAGAGCCAGAAAUGUUCCUUCUGGAUUAUACCUAAUUUGCAUUCUCUAUUCCCAGAAACCAUUGCCUGGUAUAUAAGACUCCCAAUACCAGAUGGGUAUCUCCUCAAGGAGGCACAUUACCCACUCAAACCAUAAGCUAUUUAGCAAGAAACCUGACCUAUGUAGACAAUAUUAUUGCAUUACAUUUCUGAAGUGGACCAGCAUCACCCCGUUCCAAUAAGUGUAUGGAGCAAAUGUUUGGAGACAAAAAACGUGACGUGUAGACUUUUAACCUCUGAAAUAGUUCAGAACAUGAACUUUUCUUUAAUUUUCAAAUGAGAGAAGUUCAGAGAAAAUGAAAAGAUGUCCCCUCUGGUGACCAGUGACAGCAUUGCUUCCACUCCCUGCAUUGCCUGGAAGACAGCUGAUUAAUUGCUGUACUCUUAUAUGUAAUGUUACCCUUCAUAGAGCACUAAUGAAUGGAGACAGUGGACUGAUGGGGGUUGUGUAUAUGACUUCCCCAGAAACAAUGCUCACAGCUCAAAGGAGGGCUUUUUUUUCAGACCGUAAGCGCUUUUUAUUUUUUAAAAGCUGCAUUUGUUAGGGAUGUGUCACAUGGUAGAACUUGGAGGAUGUGUUUUUCCAUGUACACAGUCUUCAGGAGAGCGGAAUCUCUGCCCUUGUGACUGACUGGAUGAAGGGAAGAAAUAACAACAAUCCUCCUCUGUUACUUGACAAAUGCCCCUGUGUUACCCUGUAACUCUAUUAUAUCACUAUGGCAGGGAAUCUGGAAGAUGAAACACUACCUUUACAUGUUGAAGACACUGGUGAAAUGUUACCCAAGUCUCGACGAGCCCUCACUAUUCAUGAAAUCACAGCUCUUGCUCGCUCCUCUCUGCACGGAAUCUCACAGGUGGUAAAGGAUCAUGUGACCAAGCCUACAGCAAUGGCUCAGGGACGAGUGGCUCAUCUCAUUGAAUGGAAGGGCUGGAGCAAACCCAGUGACAAUCCUGCUGCUUUGGAGACUCACUUUAACUCGUACUCACAUUUAAGUGAAGGAGAACAGGAAGCCAGGUUUGCUGCAGGAGUAGCUGAGCAGUUUGCUAUAGCAGAAGCUAAACUCCGUGCUUGGUCAUCAAUUGAUGGCGAAGACUCCACAGAUGACUCUUAUGAUGAGGAUCUGCAACCUUCUAUGGAACAUUCCCAGCCUGCAGAUUUCCUGAGUCCAGUACAGAAGGAUAUGGUGUCUUCACGUUUAUGCUGCUGUGACAGUGACUCCUCACGCACCCUGUCUCCCGAAACUCUUUGCUCCAGUCUGUGCAGCUUAGAUGAGGAACAGCUGCUCUUGGGGUCUCCAGCUCAGAUUGUGGAAGAGUCUUUACUCAUAAAACCACAGUCAGGUCUAGGUCCAUAUGAUCGUCUCCAAGAUUUGGAAUGUGAGGACUCUUCAUACUCUGUGUCUUUUUCAGAGUCCUGCUUAAGUCCAAGUGAAGACGAGUUGCUUUCUUUUCCUACACUAAACCGGGGUACUGGGGUGCUCACUUUGCGUAGGAAGGGCUCUGAUGUGGUAUCUUCUGGUGUUGUAUCACUAGAAGAAGAUGAGGAGGACCAACCCUAACCUAAGAUGAAACUGCCACCCUCUCACUGUCCCAGUCUCCCUUUUUUUUCUGAAUUACAGUAUCACUUGACUUCAGAGAAUCAUGGACUAACCAGAGGGCAUUAACUCAUAAAACCAUAUAUUUUCAAUAUACUUAGUUAUGGUUUGUUAAUUUGUACCAUCUUGAUUUUUCUUUUUCUUUUAAUUUUUUUUUCUCCAUAUUUUUAUUUAUUUAUUUUUUUACUUUUUUUUUUGUAAUUUCUUUAUAAUUUUUCAUUUAUAUCCCUACGUUUAAUUGCCUGUUUGGUCUAUUUUGCAUGAUCCUGCCCUAGGGCAUCGGUUGAGUGGAGGGCCUUAAAGCUGUUGUCUGCAUGUCUUGCAUCCCACUUUAUGACAACUCCAACUGAUGCCACCUUCAGCCUGAUUUUUGUGUUGGUGGUAAUUUCUGGUUUAGGAACAGUGGCAACAUGGCUUGUCCCUGUCAUUUCCCUGAUCUACUCGCAAUUCUGUGGUUCUCUCAGCACUACAGAAUUCAGGUACCAAGGAGGAACAUGUGGAGAUGGCAUGGAUUCUGUAACAUUAGUGCAGCCUCAGGACUGUACAAGGACUUGUGGAGCUCCGGUGACACUGUGGGGACCCUCCUCCCUGUGGGCUCUGUGGGCGCAUGCUUUGUGCAGGGGAGACCCUUCUUUUCUAGCAUUUUGUACGUGUCUGUUUGCUGCUCUUGGAAGGUCUUGUGCGGUAACAUCAAAAGUUUGUAACUCAUUUUCCUGCGUCUAUGAAAAUAUAUGACCGGCUGUGUAUAUAUAUAAAAAAAAAAUAUAUAUA